ACUAAAUUCACAGCGGUUUGUACUUAGCCAUAUUGAAUGAAAUUGAUAUUGGUUUAACUCAAAUAAACGAAUUGUAUGAAUUAAAAUUGUAAAGAUUCAUCAGAAGAAUUACACCGUAUCGGCAAGAAUAUACAAAGAAGUCAGCUUUUUCACGUAGCUCAUUAACUAAGAAAAAUUAAGGUGCGGCUUCUUCAUAAAUUGGUAUCAUACGCAGGCAAAAUUGAUUCCUCAAAUUUUAAAAAAAUAUCUUCUUCAUUGAAGAUGUCUCGAUCGAUUCGUGCAGAGACACGAAGUCGAGCCAAAGAUGAUAUUAAAAAGAUUAUGCAAGUAGUUGAUAGAGUUCGGCAUUGGGAGAAAAAAUGGGUAACAAUAGGAGAUACCACAAUGCGCAUUUACAAAUGGGUCCCUGUGGCAACUAACGAACCAAAAAAGCUUAAACAUAAAGAUUCUAAUAAGGAGAAUUUAGCAAGAAAAGCAGAUUCGUCAAAUUCAAAUUUUACCAUGGCUGAGGAUUCAAAUACAUGUUUUUCAACUGUAAGUGAUUCUCAAGGUCCAACUGAUUUUUCAUCACACAUAACGUUUUCGGAAGACUCUAAUUCGCGUAGCAGCGAGCCACCUAUUAAAAGACUAAAAACGGAAUGAAUUAAUGCAAUUGGACAAAAAAUCUCUUGGGAAAAUAGUUUAUAUUAAAAUUAUUAAUUAAU